AUGUGCAAAGACGGUACCAAUAUGAUGCUUGCCUUUGUAUUCAUUUGGGGUUGUCAGUUAGCAAUUGCGCAUAUCAUCGUGAUCCGAUUAUCCGCAUUUUCAGCCAGUCAAAUUUCACCCACCAGCGCCGAAUCCAAAAAUGAUGGCUUCACAUGGCAGAGAAUUUUAGGAAUGCAAAGCUCCUCUGAAAUGUCAGCAUAUUAUGAUUAUUGUAUAUUGGUGUGCCGUCACUGGCUGGCAGAUGAUAACCAAGCCGAUCCCGCGGACUUUGAUGGGUUGUUGUUGGGAACAUAUAGUGUUCAUGACAAUCGAGGUAUGUUGGGCAAACCAUCGAUUCCUCAGUUGGGCCGUCAUGCAUCUAAUUCUCCGCUUGCAGAGUACUUUGUUCACCCCUCAUCCGGUGAGACGUUGAGAAUCGGAACGCUGGCGAAUGUGGUACUGAAUGAAUUUCGCGUCACCCUAUUGUCAAUUGGAUUAAUCCAGAAAACAAAAAUAGACAUUCAGCGUCCCUACGGAACCUUCUCAAUCCGUGCAUAUAUUCUUUGAAAACAAUCGAACCCACUCUCUACAAGGCAAAUUUGUAACACCACAUACAUAUUCUUUCAUUGUACCGGAAAUCGCACUGAGUAGGGAAAAUGAGACUUCCACUUUAUUAGUGGUGCGUCGAACGGAUCAUCAUCUCGACUCUGUUGACAGCAUCCAGCUCAAGAUCGUCGGAUAACGUCCAUUGAUCAGCAAAACUUAAAUAUGUAAAUGUCUUACUACAAGUAUUAACGACCCUGCUGCCUUUCAUAUAAUUGGCCGUCAUCGAUAAAACGCUCACGCUGCAGCGUAAAAAUCCAAGAAUGACUGCCAGUUUAGUUUAGUAGUAACUGUAUAUCAUCUUUCACAUAUCUGGUUAGUAGGUAUUGUUAAUGUUGCCAUCAAAUAUAUGUAUCCGUGCAGCCGGUCGAGAUAACACUCGACUUA